AUGAGGAUUACUGACCAUGACGAUGAUGAUUAUGACGACGACGAUGAUGAUGAUGAUUUUGACGAUGAUAAUGAUGACUAUGACGAUUAUGAUAACGAUGAUGGUGAUAAAGAUGAUGAUGACGAUAUUUACGAUGAUGAUGAUGACGAUGUGAACGAUGAUGAUGAUGACGAUGAUGAUGACGAUGUUGAUUACGAUGAUGAUUAUGAUGACGAUGACGAUGAUGAUGAUUACGAUGACGGAGAUGAUGAUGGUGACGACGACGACUACGAUGAUGAUGAUGAUGAUGAUGGUGAUGAUUGUGACUGUGUCGUUGACCAUGACUAG